UCGCGGCGAUGCCCAGCAAAACGGACCUGCCCAGCCGGGAGGAAGCUCUGCCGGGCAGAUCCGAGGCGGUCGUAGUGUCAGCCAAUCAUGCUGCCAACAGAAAUCCGAUGUACCCACCAUUCCCAGAAGGAAUGCAGAUGGUGAUGUUUGGCAUGGGAUGUUUCUGGGGAGCAGAGAGAAAGUUCUGGCAGAUGUCAGGAGUCUUCUCUACACAGGUGGGCUUCUCAGGAGGCUUCACCCCCAAUCCCACUUACAAAGAAGUUUGCACUGGGAUGACUGGACAUACCGAAGUAGUCAGGAUUGUGUUUGACCCACAGACCAUCAGCUACGAGGACCUUCUCCAAGUUUUCUGGGAGAGCCAUGACCCCACUCAAGGCAUGAAGCAGCACAUAGAUAUUGGCACGCAGUACCGUUCCGCCAUCUAUGUCUUUGGAACUGAACAACUGGAACUUGCCCUGAGGACCAAGACAAUAUAUGAACAGGAGCUGGCUAAGAAGCAACUGGGGCCGAUCACCACUGAGAUCCGGCAGGCUGACACCUUCUACUAUGCCGAAGACUACCACCAGCAGUACCUACACAAAAUCCCGGAUGGCUAUUGUGGCUUGCAAGGCACUGGCGUUGCUUGCCCCAUUGCCGAUGGAGAAGAGCCCUAAGGGGAGCCUUCCUGGGAGCCAUGGCGAUCGGAAUCUGGAUGCGGUCGCCAUGGAAACUGGAGCAGCCAAGCAUCCUCUUUUAAUUCAACCGUAAUUGGACAUGUGUAGCCUUUGUUUCCUUCUUUAUGACUGUGUGGGAGUGGGAGG